AUUGUCAUUGUUUAUUUGUCACAGGACAAAAUUUCAAUCGUUUCCAGUAUUUUCCUUGAGAUUUAAAUUAAAAAAAACCUUUUAAACAGGUCUUUUGGGGAUAAAUUAUCAACACUACCGUGCUUUACACAAUUCUGUGGUUUCAGCGCUUAAUAUAGCCCUACAACUAUUUCAUGUUGUACAAGAUCGAUUUUCUGGGAUGUGAUAUUUAAUUAUUGAAUAAGAAAAAUGAAUUUCCUUCUUGGAAUCAGUCUUUAUACCUGCCUUAUAGUAGGAUGUUGCGCCUCAGGAGAAGAUAUAGCUCUCGAUGCGAAGGCUACAUUAUUACAUCGUAUAGACAGUUUAAACCUACUUAUUUAUACUUGUCUUCUUACACUUACUGUCCUCACUAUUUGGGUAUUUAAACACCGCCGCGUGAGCUGGCUGCACGAAACUGGUCUUGCUGUUAUAUAUGGUCUCAUUGUUGGUGCAAUAAUUCGCUAUGGUGCCAGCACAAACCAAGUCACAUACAUUGAUGCGUUGCCUGAGGCAGACUCUACCUACAAUUUGUCUGUGCCACCAGAUAUGUUACGUUUUCAUUUUCCUAAUAAAAUGCAAACAUCUGCAGAAGGUAUCACUGUGCCAAAUAAAACUUAUGCAUACAUCUUCAGAGGUGAAAUAGUGAACAUGGCGCAAAAUGAAAUUGAUUUGAAAGCCACAUUUGAUCCGGAGAUAUUUUUCAACAUAAUUCUACCUCCUAUUAUAUUUCAUGCUGGGUACUGUCUAAAGAGGAAAUAUUUCUUCCGUAACCUGGGUGCGAUAUUAACGUUCGCGAUGGUGGGCACGGCGCUCUCUGCGCUUGUUAUCGGUUCUCUGAUGUACGGCUGUGUGCAGCUCAUGCCCAAGUCACUGGCUGCAAGCUUCACUUUCCUUGAUACUCUAUACUUUGGUGCUUUGAUAUCACCCACUGAUCCACUCACUGUGCUCGCUAUAUUCUCACAACUAAAGGUCGACGUUAAUUUGUAUGCUAUGAUAUUCGGAGAGAGUGUCCUCAAUGAUGCAGUGGCUCUAGUACUCAGCGGAGCCAUUCAGAAUUACGAGAAGAGGUAUUCAAAUGACGGUGGCUUCGAGAUCACCGCAUUCCUCGGAGCGAUCGGAGACUUCAUCGGGAUAUUCAGUCUGUCUCUGCUCAUCGGCGCACUGAUGGGCUGCCUUACUGCAUUGAUGACGAAGUUCACUCACGUGCGCGACUGGCCGCUGCUGGAGUCCGCGCUCUUCGUGCUCAUGUCCUACGCCGCCUUCCUCAUCGCUGAAGUCUGCGAGCUCACUGGUGUAGUGGCGGUGUUGUUCUGCGGCAUUUGCCAGGCGCACUACACAUACAACAACCUGUCGGCGGACUCGCGCAACCGCACCAAGCAACUCUUCGAGCUGCUCAACUUCCUCGCGGAGAACUUCAUCUUCACGUACAUCGGCGUCUCCAUGUUCACCUUCCCCAAGCACCACUUCGAUCCUUGGUUCAUCAUCGCUGGAUUUAUAACAUCAACCCUGGGGCGAGCUGUGAACAUCUACCCGCUGUCGUUCCUGCUGAACCUCGGCCGCAAGCCGCCCAUACCUGUCAACUUCCAACAUAUGUUGUUUUUCUCAGGUCUGCGCGGCGCUAUGUCGUUCGCGCUGGCGAUCCGCAACACGGUGUCGGAGGCGCGGCAGGCCAUGCUCACCACCACCUCGCUCAUCGUCAUCGCCACCGUGGUGCUGCAGGGCGGCGCCGCCUCGCACGCGCUCGCCUACCUGCGCAUACCCACCGGGUCGGUGAACACAUACCUACUCUGCUCACCCUUAUCUUCAUUUUGUGUUCAUUGUGUACUAUACCAUACUAAUGCUAAUUUUGUCACAUUUCAAUGGGACACAACUAGUGAUCUGUACCAGGCCACGGACUCUGGCGGACCGAAUGGCAGCAUGGUAGUUAAAUGGGGCAAAGGCGACAGUGGAGUGAUAAUGCCUUGGCAACUAAAUAGACUAGCAGAAACGCCGCGCAGUGAGGGCGGGGAGAAGGCGCGGCUGGCGCGGCUGUGGGGCGCGGUGGACUCCCGGCUGCUGAAGCCGCUGCUGACGCACGCGCGGCCGCCGCUCACGGAGACGCUGCCGGCGUUCUUCAGGCCCAUUGCAAGAGUGCUGACAACCACGCGACAGUACACGCAAGGAGAGAAUAACCUGCACAGAACCGACUCGGACUCGGACCUGUGCAUCGACGAGCCGCAGCCGGUGCCCGCCAGCAUCGACCCGCAGCUAUCUUAUAAUGUUCGGAAUGGAUUCGGGAAUGUCUAAGCUUUUUAGCGAUAUAUCCCUCGGCUGUGAUUUAAAAAAGGUUAAUAGCAAAUGACAUUGUUUUAAUAGGAAAAUUAUGUUUUUAAAUUAUUGCACGCAGCAAUUAUGGCCCGGACUUGUGGACACUCGGAUCUCUGUAGAAGGUAUCACUGGCAGUAAUAUAUAAACGUGAUUUUAUAUCUAUUUUACGUCAGCUGUGUCCUAUGCUUGAUAACCAACCAGAGAAUAUUUCCUAAACUAGACAAUUUAGUUAAAAUUUUUAUUUAUUCUAUUAUGUAUGCCAUCCAUAUAAAAUACCUGCAAUUAUUGUAAGAGCAAACAACUAUUAUUUAAUUUAAUUAAUGAAAAGUACGAAGCGAACUUUCUAAUUAUGUUUUUUUUAGUGUAAAUUUUAAAUUAUAUUGCAUAAAAUAAACUUCCUUUAAAAUGUAUGUGUACACACUAAGAUUUGCGCGGGACGCUACACGCGCCAAUAUGACCCAUACAUUAUUUGUACAUGCAUUAAGCUAUACUAAAAAAAAUCGCUUGAAUAUACUAUUACGUUAACUUGUAUACUGUGGAAACGCAGUUAUCGGAUUAAAUUUUCAUGUUAUUGUGUGUGAUGUAAGUGAAAUGGUUUAACUUAAGCCUUUGUGACAAUUUUGAAGUUAAAUGCUUGAAAAUUUAACUUUGAUAGUUAUUCUUUUGUUUGAUUGUGUUAUGCAGUGUAUGAGAUACAUUUUAUAUUAUGUAAGUCUAUGUGAUACGUUCGCAUGUAUGUCGUUUUUACUAAUAAUUGAGGUAUUCAAUGCUCGUAGUAUAAUUUGCGAUCUAAUACUUUUCUUCGCAAGCACUAUGCAAUGUAGCUUAUCUCGACUAUUUUUGUUAUUUUCUAGUCUUUAUCAGUAUAUUUUAAAUAAAUCGUCUUAAGAAAAUUGUAAUGUUUAAUUUUAAAUUUUAAUACAACGGUCCAUAAAAUGGGAAUAACAAAAUUCGUUACUGGUGAAACGGUUGUAAUUGUAAUAUUUAUUGUUUUAAAAGACAAGUAGAUUCCAAUUGUAAUGUAAAUAUUUGUAAUAGUAUUUUUGUGAUUUGUGAAGCUUUGUGAACUUAUCUUGAUAAUGUACAAUUUCAGUACGAUUUUAUUGUUAGUGUAAUUUUUGAAUUCAUUAAAUUAGUAUGUAAAACACACUUUUGUUGUAUACCAGUGUGGUUUACUUGGUUAUAUGUAGAAAGCUUUGUGCUUAUUUGAUUUGAUACAUUUACAGAAACAUUAUUCUCUCAAGAUCUGGCAUGUAUUACCGAAUUUUAAUUAGUAAAAAGAAUUAUGUAUAUGUGUAAUAAAAUUUGAAUUAUGAA